AUGGCCCAACCUCCGCACUCCUUUGACUGGGUGGAGUACACUCCUGGCAGAUGGCAGCGGGACAUUGACGAGGUGGAAAUGUUCUGGGCCAAGGCGGCCAAGGUCUUCGACACCCAAGGGCGAAGGCCCUUUGCAAUCACAGGCCAUGUGUCGCUCAAAAUCGAUACUACCGCUGCAGCUUCACGGCCAGACGUCAACGGAGCACUAAGAAAAGCCUGGUGCCGCACUCGGCAGGACCACCCAUCGAUCGCAUCUCAAGUCGAAUAUGACUUCGACACUGAACGAUUCACGCGAACCUACAGCAUGAUUCAGAGCGAAGUUGAGAGGGAAGGUUGGCUAGAAGCCACAUUCCUGGAGAUCUCAAACGGCCAACUGGGUGUCGAAUUUGCCAACUCGGAUCCUGCUGCCCCCGACUUGCCCACCAUCUUCGUCAUCACACUACCUUCUGAUGAUAAGGACUUUGAGUAUCGUGAUAUCAUCUUUCGAGCUCCACACGAAACCAUUGACGGUAUUGGAACGUUGUUACUCUUGAGCAACAUUGUGAAGCAUGCAUCUGAUGCGCUCGAGCAAGGAAAUAGUUUCACCCUCGCCGGGCUCGGCGGCACCGAGGUGCAUAAUCUCAGCCCACCUUACCGUGCUGCCGCAGCAGUUCCUCAGGACCUCAAUUCUGUUCAAAAAGCAAGGGUUGACAAAAUGUUCUCCGAGCAUGUCUUCUUUUCCCAGCCGCACGAACCUAAGCAGUACCUCUCGCUGCCCUUCAGGAAAGGAGCCCAGGUUCCAGGCCGGCACCAGCGAACGGAAAUUACUCUUGACCAGGCCAAAACCGCCAAAAUACUAGCAGCAUGCAAAGCCAUUGGCGCAACCGUCACACACGCCUUCAAUGCAGCCAUCCCCAUUGUCUUGCACGGCUUGGUGAACGAAAACGCACACCAGCAGCCACUUCACUACCGCUGCGAUCUUUUGCGGAACCUACGGCCAUUCUGCGCCGAACCAUUCAGCACUUCCAAGCACCCUGUUACAGCAUAUCAUGCAGGCUCGAGUUUUGGUUUUGAGAUAGAGAUGCCGGUGGGGACAGACGGACAACCGUUAAAGAAAGAGUUCCAACGUGUUCUCCAAGAGGUGCGCGCUUUCUAUCGUCGCGUAGCGGAUGAUGAUGAGCAUUCGUACCUCGCACCUCACAUUUGGGCCGGCUGGCUGCAGACACUUCCGCGGCUCAUCAAGAACCCUGCUCCUGGACCACCUCCGUCUCCGAAUCCGAGUGUAUCCCUAUCGAGCCUCGAUGGCGCCAGCUGA